AUGAGCGACCAAAGCACCGAGAAGCCUGCACAUGCAGCACAUCCCAGGAGUCCGCAUACUCCUGGCGAUCUCGCUGGUAGUAGCGAUGCGUCUCUCAAUGAAACCAGCCAGCGUAUCAUUCAGGGAUGGAGAUGGGCCGUUGCCUAUGCAGCUAUGCUGUCUACAACACUCCUUUUCGCUAUCGACAACACCAUCGUUGCCAACAUCCAACCCAGUAUCAUCAACGACUUUGGACAUCUCGAGCUCAUGUCAUGGAUUGGUACGGGCUUUGCUCUCGGUACCAUGUUCAUCCUCCUCUGGGGCAAAGUAUACGGCGUCUUCAACAUCAAAUGGGUCUACAUUUUCAACAUCUUCCUCUUCGAAGCUGGAAGCGCUGUAUGCGGUGCUGCACCUAACAUCCAAGCCCUCAUCAUCGGUCGAGUUAUCGCUGGCGUCGGCGGUUCUGGAAUGUAUUCCGGCACUUUGACAUAUGUCUCGGUCCUUACCAACCGGCAAGAGAAGCCGGCUUACCUUGCUGGAAGUACUGUCGUGUGGGGUAUUGGCAGUGUUCUUGGUCCCGUUAUUGGUGGCGCAUUCGCAGCAAGCAGUGCGACCUGGAGAUGGGGCUUCUACAUCAAUCUUCCCAUCGGCGCUGUUUUUGCCCCUGCAUACUUUCUUCUAUUCCCCAGUACCGACCCCAACCCUACCAAAACUCUCGCGGAGAAACUUCGCCUUGUCGAUUGGAUUAACGCUGUCAUCUUCCUGGCGGGGUCUGCGUGCCUGACCGUCGCACUCACCUUCGGCGGUGUCGUGUACUCAUUCCACUCAUGGACCAUUAUUGCACUGUGGACUGUCACGGGUGUUCUUCUCGUUGCUUUUAUCGUCUUGCUUAAGCUGCAUCCUCUAGUCCCUAAGGAGAACCGCUUGUACCCCUUGCACUUCUUCAAGGAGUGGAUUCUGAUUAACAUGCAGCUCCAAGUCUUUCUAUCUUCAGGCAUUGUUCUAGCCAUGACUUACUUCGUCCCUCUGUACUUUCAAUUCAUCAAGGGCGACGGAGCACUCGAGGCUGGCGUUCGCCUACUCCCUUUGAUCAUGUUCAUGGUUACUGUCUCAAUGUUGAAUGGGUUCCUGAUGCCAAAAUACGGAAUGAUUCCUGCUUGGUACAUUGGAGGUAGUGCCCUUGUGCUCAUCGGUAGUGCUCUAAUGUAUACCAUUGAUGAGACCACAACCAACGACAAGGUAUAUGGUUACAACAUACUUGUCGGAGCCGGAGCCGGAUGUUAUAUUGUCGCUGGGUUCGCCAUCAUGCAGUCACUGGUUCCCGCCCACGAGAUUGCCAAUGCAGAUCUCGGAAUGGUACUCUUCCUCGCCAUCAGCGGCAGCCUCUUCCACAACGUCGCCGUUGACAAAGUGGGCAACGCCCUACCAGCGACCUCCGACGCUGAUAUUGGCAACCUGAUUGCGGGCACCAGCAGCGCCGUGUUCAAAGCCCUCUCUGAAGAUGAAAAAGCCGUGGUUAUCCCGGAGAUCGCAAGUGCUAUGAAGAGCAUCUGGGCCUUUUUUAUGGCGGCCGCCGCGCUCAGUUUCGUGUGCGCUUGUCCACUGGUGAAAGCCAAGUUUGGAGGAAAGAAGAUUGAGCCAACUGCUAUAGCCUAA